GAUUCCGGUCCUCGUAAGGAGCAGUCCAGGCGACAGCCUUCCAACCUAAUAAGCCUCUCUUGCCCGCCGGGGACAAGCCGGGCUGGAGAAAGAAUCUGGUCUUCGGAGGCUGGCGCAGUGCCUUGGAAGGCGGCCGGAAUCCGCACACACCCGCCCCGGAAGUGAGCGGCUCCUGGCGCAGGGCAUUGUGGGGGGCGUAGUCUCUUUCUCAGGCGGUCCUUCGCGGCGUCCCCGGGGCCGACUCCCGAGCGCAGGCGGGCAGCCAGGCGGGCGGCGCGGCGCGGGCCUGCAGGAAGCGUAUUCUGGGCACGGGGCGCCGGCCGGGCCGGCUGCGCCGAGCGGCAGUGGUGGGAUACCUCCCAAGGCCUCGCGCGGCGCCGCCCGUCGAGGGGCGGGCGGCGGCGGAGCCACUGGGCCGUCGAAGGGCGCAGGAGGCCGGUGGGCCGGGCCGGGCCGCGAGGCGCAGCCAUGCCUGGCUUUACGUGCUGCGUGCCAGGCUGCUACAACAACUCGCACCGGGACAAGGCGCUGCACUUCUACACGUUUCCAAAGGACGCUGAGUUGCGGCGCCUCUGGCUCAAGAACGUGUCGCGUGCCGGCGUCAGUGGGUGCUUCUCCACCUUCCAGCCCACCACAGGCCACCGUCUCUGCAGCGUUCACUUCCAGGGCGGCCGCAAGACCUACACGGUACGCGUCCCCACCAUCUUCCCGCUGCGCGGCGUCAAUGAGCGCAAAGUAGCGCGCAGACCCGCUGGGGCCGCGGCCGCCCGCCGCAGGCAGCAGCAGCAGCAGCAGCAGCAACAACAGCAGCAGCAGCAGCAGCAACAGCAGCAGCAGCAGCAGGCGUCACCCUCUGCCUCCACUGCCCAGCUGCAGCCGAACCUGGUGUCUGCUUCCGCGGCCGUGCUUCUUACCCUUCAGGCCGCUGUAGACAGCAGUCAGGCUCCGGGAUCCGUGCCGCCGGCGCCCAUCACUCCCACUGGAGAAGACGUGAAGCCCAUCGAUCUUACAGUGCAAGUUGAGUUUGCAGCCACAGAGGGCGCAGCCGCUGCGGCCGCCGCGUCGGAGUUACAGGCUGCUACCGCAGGGCUGGAGGCUGCCGAGUGCCCUAUGGGCCCCCAGUUGGUGGUGGUAGGAGAAGAGGGUUUCCCUGAUACUGGCUCCGACCAUUCGUACUCCUUGUCGUCAGGCACCACGGAGGAGGAGCUCCUGCGCAAGCUGAAUGAGCAGCGGGACAUCCUGGCGCUGAUGGAAGUGAAGAUGAAAGAGAUGAAAGGCAGCAUUCGCCACCUGCGUCUCACCGAGGCCAAGCUGCGCGAAGAACUGCGCGAGAAGGAUCGGCUGCUUGCCAUGGCUGUCAUCCGCAAGAAGCAUGGAAUGUAAACUGGUGUCCCGGCGGCCUGCUGGACUCCCAGACCCCAUCCAGCCAGGGGACUGCAGGCCAUUGUUGAACUCCUCUAUACUCCUGGGGCACUGGCUGACAGUACUGAGGCUUAAGGCAGCUGGACUCUCUUGCUGGUGACCUGGCAUCCUCAACUGUUUCCUCCUGAAGUGGAAGCUGGGGCCUUAGACUCUGCCCUGGUGACACCAGCAAUUAUGACUUUGUCUACCCUUCCUCCCCAGUUAUUGUUGCAGAUUCUGGUUAAGCAGAGGCUUCAGAACCACUGAACUUGAAACUUACCCUCUAGGGAUGCAGGUGGUGCAGCCUGUGAUUCUGAUGGGGACUGGUAAAUCUGUGCCUCUGCUUCCUAGGAUUUAUUUUCCCAGGAGACCAUUUACAAGGGGAUCUGGAUGACCUGCUGAUGGAGAUCCAGCUUGCCAGGGACUUAGGUUUAUCCUGUUUUGUUUGCUACUGGUUACAAAUUCUAUUUUCUGUACAAUUAGUCAGACUAAAGUUUUCACUGUGUUUGUUUGGCAAAACAAAUUAAACAAAAAGUAAGGUUUUUA